GGCGACGAAGACAAUCCUCUACCAAGAAGAGGACUGAUCGAUUGAGACAGAUGGACGGCGGCAAGGGGAGCGGGAUUGGUGGCAAUGAUGGCAAGAGCGGCGAUGGCAAGACCGGCGGCAGCGCUGUCAAGGGAGGAGGCUCCUACUCCGGGGGAGGCGCGGGCUCGGGCAACUCAGGUGUCGGAGUUGCGGGGCAUGGUGAUGGUGCUGAGAAGUCGGGCUCCGGCCGCGACGGCAUGAUGAAGGCUCCCGGCGGCGGCGGCUACAUCCUCCGCUCCGACUUCGAGGCCAACCCGAAAGAGUUCUUCCAGGGCCUCCACCAGGGAGGAGGCAAAAAGUAGAUAAAUCUUGCUAGACUUGUUAGCAAGCUAGCUGCUUGUUGCAUGACAAGCUAGCGUGGGAUUUGUGAUCCUGAAUGAAUGUAUGGGCCGUCAUCAGUCUCCGUAGCCUCUAAAUAAAAUGUUAAGCUGCUUGAUCGUUUUUGGACAUC